AGAUGGAAGAAGGAAUAAUAUGAACUAAUUAUGAGCCUGUAAAAUUAUAGAGCAAAAAUGAUUUCUUCCCUUUGCUUAAACAGUUGUGCAGUCCCAAGGGCUGCAAAACAAACUCUUUCAUCGGCAAUAAAGCUCCACAAACUCCCUUCUUUUCGUCCACACAAAUAUUGCAUUUCCAGAGCUUCUGCUUCUGUUUCGGUUUCCAUUUCUGAUAAAAAGGAGCUUAGGAGUACUGAUCUAGUGGCUCUCGAGUAUGCCGACCUUAACCUCACUGACAAGAUUUCUCAGGAGUUGGGUCAUGUAAGAAUCAGGCAACAUGUCAACCCUCUCAGUUCAUCUUUCUCUGUGGCAGCGCCUGUACCUGAUUGGGGUGAAGUCUUCAAGGAUCCUGCAUUGCCACUUAUGGUGGAUAUUGGAAGUGGAAGUGGCAGGUUUCUCUUAUGGCUUGCGAAACAAAAUCCCGAUUCACAAAAUUAUUUGGGACUGGAAAUAAGAGAAAAACUAGUUAAACGUGCUGAGUUUUGGGUAAAGAAGCUGGCUCUUAGUAACAUUCGUUUCAUUUUCGCAAAUGCUUCCGUUUCGUUCAGACAGUUAGUAUCUGCUUACCCCGGACCUUUGUCGCUAGUUUCAAUAUUGUGCCCGGAUCCUCAUUUCAAGAAAAGGCAUCAUAAAAGAAGGGUUGUACAGAAGCCUUUAGUAGAUUCCAUCUUAACUAGUUUGAUGCCCGAAGGAAAGGUUUUUAUACAAUCUGAUGUGCUUGAAGUCGCUGAAGACAUGAGAAAGCAGUUGGAUGUAGAGUCUGAUGUACUUCAACCCAUUGACAUGGUUGAUUCAAGUGUGUUAUGCGACGACAAGGGAUGGUUACUGAACAAUCCAAUGGGUAUCAGGACCGAAAGAGAAAUCCAUGCGGAAUUUGAAGGCGCGAAAAUUUACAGGAGGUUGUACCAGAAAAAAAGGGUACUAGAUUGAGGCCAUAUGGAUGUCAUAUUAUACAUGCCACAGUAGAUGCAACUUAA